CCACCACAGAGCGCACAACUCCCAGAGCGGAAGGCAGGCUAGAGCGCCCUCAUAGCAACAGCGCAUACCGGAAGCGGAAGCGGUCCGUCACGAAGAGCGUUCCCGUGCGGGCAAGGUGACCCACGUGUGGGAAGGGAGGAGAGAGGCAUGCUGCGGGCGGCGGUGUCCUGGGCGCUGAGGGCGCCUUCUCGGCGGCUGCCUCAGGGCUCGGCGCCGUCGCGCUCCCUGCUGCGGAUUCCCGCCGAGGCCGAAGCGGAGGCAGCGGUGGCGGAGAAGGCGCGGGGCCCGGCGCCGCUGCGGAGGUUCAUCGCCUGCCCGGAACUGGCGCGGGACGUGGCCUCCCGGCUAGAAGGCAACCUGCGGGGGAGCCUCGUCUUCGAGUGCGAGCCAGGCCCUGGGAUCCUCACCCGAACACUCCUCAAUGCUGGUGCUCACGUGGUAGCUCUAGAGAGUAACAGAUCCUUUCUUUCUGACUUAGAGUCUCUCAAAAAUAAACUAGAUGGCCAGCUGGAAGUUGUGCAUUGUGACUUCUUCAGAUUGGACCCUAUCAAUGUGGGAUCGAUGAAGCCCCCUGUGAUGUAUUCUGAGACAUUGUUUGAGAACUUGGGCAUCUCAUCUGUUGCUUGGACAGCAGAUAUUCCUCUAAAAGUGGUUGGAAUUGUCCCACAAAAACGAGAAAGGAACUUCCUUUGGAAGCACAUCUAUGCCUUAUAUGAACGUAGUUCUAUAUAUAAGUAUGGAAGAACAGAGCUGAACUUGUUUGUCAGUGAAAAAGAGUACAAGACGCUUAUUGCAAAGCCUAAAGAAACAAGAAUUUAUCAAGCACUUAGUGUACUUUGGCAAACAGCUUGUGAUAUUCAGCUUCUGCAUAUGGAGCCUUGGUCUUCAUUUUUAACUAACUCAAGAAAUGGUGGACUCUCUAUCCCAAAGAGUGUGCUAUUGCAGAAUGACCAUUUAUGCUUAGUACGAAUGACGCCUCGGAAGGAUUUAUUUGCAAACAAUUUGACAAGUGCUAAUUCAAGCAUAUUUAUUGUGAUGGUAAAACAAUGCCUUGCCAAGAGUAAGACAAAAUUAAUAGAUAAAUUAAAUUUAUGGAGUUGUGAGAGUGGGAAGAAACUGCUGAGACAGCUGGAGAUACCAGAAAACAGUACAACAGGAAGUCUGUAUCCAGAACAGUACAGAUGUCUUUUUGAGCUUAUAUUACAGUCUAAUGAAUUUGACCAAAGUUGGCUAUAUGACGAUGACUGCUUGGAAGAUAGCCGAGGCGUAAAUCUUUAAAGUAACGUCUGGUUUCAAGGAGAGUUUGUGUGAGUUGGAAUAUAGUAACAUGAUUUGAAAUUACUAGCAGGGAUGUUACUUUUUCUGUAAGUAAAAAUCUAAAAUGUCCAGGGGGGAAAAAGACAGCACUGAAGUUUCUGAAUUUUUUAAUGUUUGAAAGGCAAAAACCUAUGUCUUAAAACACUGUAGGGAAUGAACUCUGAUGUUUAAUCCUUGCAUUAUACUUGAAAGUGCAUUUGUAAAAAAAGUCCAUGGUGACAAGUUCUGCUGGAAAUUUUAGAAAUAAUAACAGCAAUAGAGCUAACAAUCCAUAAACUCAUGUGUGCAAGAAUCUUUUUGUGAGGGAAAAAGUGUCCUCCAAAGCAGAAUGUAUUCAAAUUAACAGUGAAUAAAAGCCAUAGGAGGCAAAAAGAGGAAGGAAAUGUGCUUAUCUGGUUUAAACUUUGCUUUCAGAUAUUUAAGUUACACUGGAACUGGCUAAAAAUGAUAGAAGAUCUGCAUCCCUUCUCUCAUUUAGGUGUAUAAUAAUACUUUCAUGUGUACAUACCUACAUAACAUAUGAACACAUUUCAGUUUGACCUAUUUUCAGAUGAGGAUUUUUACUACAGUGUAAGAAGCUUGUAUUAUAUUACAGUCCUUAAUUUAUAAACAUGUAAAUAUUUUUAUUAUAAAACACAAUUAAAGCAAUUUCUAAUGAA